GUGCUGCAGGGUUUCGGGUUAAAAUGGCGGCGGCGGCGGCAGUUUGAAGCGUCGGUGACGAGCGGGUGGCGCCGCGCAGUGGGGAAUGUGUGGCUGAAGGGAAAACAAAAACCGAGCGGGAGAAAGAAAGGGGCCCAGGGUAAAAGGGAAGGAGAGAUCAUCAGUAGCUGCAGCCGCCGCCAUGGAUUCGGUGGCGGGCGAGGACCCAACGCUGCCCUUGGAUUUCAACGGCAGUUCCAAUGUUUUCAAGUUGCCAGAUAUUACCGUGGCUGAAGACCCUGACUGUGCCAGAGAAAAUCCUCUUGUGUUCCCCAACAUCACUGGGAAAUUGUCUCCAAUUCAUGCUCGGACCAUGAAAGAAUAUGAAACACAAAUCACUGAUCUCAAAAAAGAGAAUUUCAAUCUCAAACUUCGCAUCUACUUCCUUGAGGAGCGGAUGCAGCAGAAAUUUGAUAAUGGCAGUGAGGAUAUAUUUAAGAUGAACAUUGAACUCAAAGUAGAACUGGAGAGUUUAAAACAUGAACUGAAGGAGAAACAGGAGCUGCUUGUCAAAGCUUCAAAAGCUGUAGAGAGUUUGGCUGGCAACAGUGAUGCAGAAAUUAAACGCAUGAAAGAUGCAAAUCGGAAGGAGGUGCUUCAGGUAAAACAACUUCUGGGUGACCAGAUCCAUCUUUUGGAGGAGGAUGUUAAAACAACCCAGGCAGAAUUGGAAAAGAUGGCUACUAUUGCUGAGCAAGAGAAAAUGCGGAGUAUGAACCUCGAAAAGCAGAUGCUGUCACUUAAACAGAACCGUAUGGGAUUGCCUUCAUCCCCGGAACAAUGCAGGAGCCUUGUGGAAACUGAGCAGUUAAUUGAGCAGUUGAGUGAGACCAUCAAAAGCAAAGAUGCUCUCAUUAAUCAGCUUCAAACUGAAAAGACCAAGAAUCAGGACUGUAACGUGGAUCCUUACAAUAAAGUUCAGGAACUUACUGAAACUGCUCUGAAAAGAGCUGGUGAAAUUGAUGCCCUUCGGCAUGAACUUGCAAAUGAGAGAAGUCGCUUUGAAAAGGAAAUUCAGAACCUGGUUGAGAAACAGAGGCAGCUGGGACAGUUAGAGGUGGAAGCCAGGCAGUUCAAAGCUGACCUUGCAGUUGCUGAAAUUGCAAAUGGUACUUUACAAGGAAAGCUAAAGGAAGCAGAUGCUGCAAAUGAGGCUCUUCAAGGACAGGCUAAUGAAAAGGUCAAUGAGCUGGCUGCAGAGAAGCAGAAUAGUUUGAAACGAGAUAAAACCAUUCAAGGACUGACUUUGGCUCUGAAGACUAAGGAUAAAGAGAUCAAGGAGCUUUACCAAGAAAUUGAAGAGCGAGAUAAUGCACUGGCUAAAGCAAGAGACUCGAUACAUAAAGCACAGCUGCAGAAAUUUCAGGGAGCAGAAGAAUAUCAAAACCUCAUGACUGCGAAAGAGACUGAGCUCGCAGAGCUCCAUGCCGAUCGCAAUGGAAAAACAAUGGAGGUCCAGAAGUUGCAAAGAGCAUUGAGCCGUCAAGAGCAGGAGCUGAAAGAUCUGACUGAGACAAAGGUUAAACUGGAAGAGGAGGUGGAAGAACUACAGCUACAGAAAAGAAAGAGUGACAAGACCAUUAAUGAUAUUCAAAACCACAUUCAGAAAUUGGGUGCUGAGUUGGCGGAGAAGGAUCAUGCCAUGGAGCACCGGCGCCAGUCUCUGCUAACAGAGAACAAACAGAAGCUGCAAAGCCUGGAACUGGUUAUUGAGCGGUUAACAGAUGGCUUAAACAAUAAAGAUAGAUUACUUCAGGAAUACACAGAGCUGCUAAAAGGAGUUCCACAAACAGGAGAUCGGAGUCCUGGUGGAAAAGAUGCUUUGAUUGCUAAACUACGUGAUCGUCUGAGGGAGAAAGAUGGGGCUCUUGAGCAAGCCAUUGAUCAAAAACAUGCAGCUAUUGAUGAAAGGGAAAACGAGAUUCAACAGCUACAUCUAGCUUUGAGAGAAAAGGAACACAAUUUUGAUCGACUGAAGAGUCUGCUUGCCAGUCAUGAAGAAACAAUUAAUAGUCUGGAUGGUACGAUUAAAGAAAAAGACAUAGAGCUGCAACAUUUUGUAAAUACGUGCAAAAGUUUGCAAAGAUUGAAACAAGAGCUGGAAGACAGUCAACUGCAGGCACUCCGUGAAAAGGAUGCUAUUAUUUUACAGCUGCAGCAAUCCCUUAAAGAAAAGGCUGACAGUUUGGAGGAGAUGACAAACACGCUGUUGAGCCAGUCUCACUGUGGCACCAAGGACCUGGCUGAGCAUUUGAAUCAGCGCUUAAAGGUACAGGAGAAAAUGCUGGAGAAUGCUUGGGCAGAGAGGAAGAAGCUGAGCUCAGAGCAUGAAAAGGAGAUUGAGGAACUCUUGGACACAAUUAACAGCAAGGAUCAGCUCCUCAGGGAGGCUUCGGAGUGUUCUAAUAGCCGUUUGUCUAAACUCAGUCAAGAGAUUGAAGGGUUAAAUCGUCAAAAUGUUGAGAAAGAGAAACCCGCUUCAGUGUUGGCGAAACACGACCCCAUGGUAAACCAAGAUCUGACACUACAAAUGGUGCAGCUUAAAGCUGCUUUGGAUGAAAAAGAUAAGAUCAUUCAUAAACUGGUUGAACAUGGGCAAAAAGAGAAACAUUCACCCCCACGAGAAGCAUUGAAUUCCUCGCAUGUUCUUGAGCUGAAACAAACGAUACAAAUAUUGCAGGAACAGCUGCACGAGAGAGAUGCUGAACUUACUCAACGGGAUUCUGAAGAAGAUGAGAUUCGUGUACAAGUACCCCGACGUAAGAAGAGUUCAUCCAAUCUGAAGAAAGAGCUUGCCCAAAAAUCUCGGGAAUUGGAUGCAGCCUUGAAGAAGGAAAAUGAAGCAAAAAUGGAAGUGAUUCGACUCCAAGCUCUUCUUCACCAGUUGGAGAAAGAUGCCCAAUCACAGGUUGCAAAUAUUGAACAAUAUAUCAAAGCUGUGCAAGUCAAGGAUGAAAUCAUUAAAGACCUUCAGCGUAGAUUUGACUCCAAUGAGAUAAAGGGAACCAAGCAGUUGAUCGUGCUGCAGGAUGGUAUCCAGACACCCGACUUUCUUCCAAGGGAGAGAACUAUCAUUGGAGGAGACGACCAGCAGAUUCUCAAAGAUCAGGAGUCGGAGGAAAGCUUGCUUCGUGCAUUGAAGGCUGAGCAGCAACUCUACUCGAGACUCAUCAAAGCAGUGAAAGAAUCAGACGGUCGCAGUCAAAUCCAAGCCUUGCAGAUGGAGCUCACGGGCAUUCAGUUGCUGAGGCAGCAACUUGAGGAAAGCAUUCAAACCUAUCGAGACCUGCAGAAGGACUUGGAACAGCAAAUUCUGGAUGCCAGAAGAAAAGAUACGAUUUCUAAAGUAGAUGUGGUUGACUUUGGUGAGAUCGAGUCUCUGAGGCACCAGUUAGAAGAUGCCCAACGCUGGAAUGUUUCUCUGCAAUCACGACUUGGGCAGAUGCACGCUAGAGCUGGUGGAGUGGGUGCAGCCAAUGAUUCGGGUAACACUUUUACAAGCUAUGGAGACCAGACCUCGUAUCUCAGCAUCUGCCUGGGCCAAUUUGAUGAUUUGGAGCAGGAAAUAGUAAAUCUUUCUCUGCCAGAGCUCCGACAAAAGGUUAUCGAACUGCUGAAGACCUUGAAAGCAUUGCAAACCAACGACCAAGAGUUGCCAGAUAGAAUUAGUACGUCAGAGCGUUUUAUUCUCAGCCCUAACAGUGAAAGAAAACUAUACUUCCCAUCAGUGCCUGCACAGCUUCUUCAUCAAAGGCUGGAAGAAUCAACAAAAAUAAAUGGAGACCUUCAGGAGCUGUCACAAAACCAUGGCCAGCUUCAGGAACGCAAUUUGGGCUUGUCCAAAGAUGACAAAUGUACGCAGACGGUCCCUGAAGUUGAGCCAGCUGAGACUGUACCAGCGUGGCAACCUACACCCUGUGGUCUGAGAACAACCACCGAGGGAAACUGGAAGCUGGGUUCCCCUUUGUUAUCCAGUGACUUUGCUGCUUAUAGAAAUAGUUCAGAGUCUACAAAGUUAUUGAAUGAUUUGAACGAGAUUAAUUAUGAAUUGCAAGAAAAAUGUAGACAGCUGCAAGAAGCGAAGGCUCACUUGGACAUAACUGAAUGCCAGUUGCAUAAAAUGGAGAAAAAAGAUCAUGAAGUGGAAGACGAAGUUGUCUCAAUGAGGUCGUUGAUGGAGGAGAAUGGUGUAUCAUCAGUGGCUGAGCUUGGAAAUGAAAUUAUAAGAUUGAGAGCAGAGGUAACACAACUGCGAGAUCAGCUCGGGGAGAAUUUGUCAAUAACUGAGAAUGAAGAUGAGGAAAUGGAUGAUGAAAGCAAAGAUAGCCUAAGGAAAACUGUUUUGAGGUUAAAAAUCAAAUUGAAGAAACAGAGAAAGGUGCAGGACGUCCUUAAGCAGCAGAUAGCGCUUAACUGUUCUGGUGAGGCUACAAGUUUCAAUCCUGAUUUAAUCGUAAGCAUGGCAAAGAAAAUCGAACACUUGAAGGAGGAUCUAGAAGCCGCCAAUCAAAACCAUGCAAAGGAACUGAAGGCAAAUGAGGAUGAAGGGCUCCAAGAAUCGAAGUUACCACAGUCACAAACUUUGGAAUUUAGAAACCAAAAGACAAAGAGCAGCGAGCAGAUCGCUGUAAGGUCUCGUAUCCCUGUCCCACUAAAACGGCCAAGGACGAGAAAUGGUGUUAACACUGCCACCUCUGGCCAAGAUUUCCCGACUGACCAUCACCAAGUUGAUCAGUUGAGGGCAGCAUUGAAGGACAAGAAACAAUUGCAGAGUAAGCUCUGUGCUGUUGAGACAACACUCGGCAGCCAGGCAGAGAAGUCAAGGCCUCAUUGUACUCCUAUCCAUGCUGCAUCAUCUUUGAAACAAGAUGAUAAAGAGGUCCAAGUGGACUUGCAGGACCUUGGUUAUGAAACCUGUGGAAAAAGUGAAAAUGGUGUGGACGGGGAUGAGAACAGUAGUCCAGACACAGCCCACCAUUUACCAGGCCCUUGCUACAGUGACUCGGCCGUUCCUGCCCUGCUUAAACUAAAUCGCCGCUUUUUCUCCAUGGAGAAUCUGGACACAAAUUCGUCGACUUCAUACCCAAGCUCACCAAGUCUGACUUCGCCCAAAAUCAGCUUGAAGAAUCUUGAUGUUUUUGAUGAUUAUGGACACACCGAUAAUGUAAGUGAACUCAAACUUCAAAUCGGUGAACUGAAGGAACAAAUUGGGAAGCACACCAAGAUUAUUCAUCACCUACAGACACGUGUACGCAAGAAUUCUCUGUCCAGUGAUCAUUUGACUCUUUCGGAUCAAAGUCACCAGGCUCCCACCAGAGGUUCAUAUGAAAGACACUCUCUGGAAGCUUUUCAAAAGGAUAAUGAUAGCACCUACAGUCAGAGAAGACAUUCCAUACAGUCUACAGAUCUAGCUGUUCAAACCAGCCAGCAGGUUGGCAGUCUUUCUGAUUGUGCAUCAAGAUCACCGAGUGUGGACUUUGGAAACCAGAAUGAGAAAGGAGACUGGUUGAUGUCUGUUUAUUGCCAGGGUGGACAAUUAGCACAAAAGUUAAAGGAACAAGUGGACCAAUUAGAAGAUCAGUUACAGAAGGAGAAAGCACGGAACGAGGAGCUUCAUGAUGAGCUUCAAACCAAACCGGCUCCAGUGUUGCCAGCCCAAAAGUAUGAUUCACUGGUACAGUCGCAAGCAAGGGAGCUCUCGCACCUCCGACAGCAAAUCAAAGAAAACCGCAACAUCUGCUGCUUGCACCACCAGUCUCUUGUGGAUCUUAUUAAGGCCUUUGAGGAGCUGCUGCAGGCCAGCGACGUUGACUAUUAUGUCGGGGAAGCCUUUCGCGAUCAACUGAACCAGACUUUACAGAUGGUGGAAAAGCUAGAGAGCAAUUUCGAUGGUGUUAUUUCCGGAGAUGCAUCUUCUGUUUGUGGAGACAACACCCUCGUUGACUUCUCUCAAAGCCCUCGCAACCUGCAGUGUGAGAUUCUCUAUCUACGAAAGCAGCUGGAAAGUGAGCGCAAGCACCUGCACAAGCGGCUGAGUGAGCUUCUGCGUGAGAACCAGGCUUUGUCACAGGCAACAAAAGAGCAGCUCGCACAAUUUGCAAAGGAAGUGCAGGAAAAGAAUAAAACAAUAUAUUACCUGCAGCAACAGUUGCAUGUGCCACCCAUCAGACAAGUCUCUUCAGACUCUGAAAUAUUGGACGGAAUCUCCAUUAGUUCACAUGAAAGUUGCUCAACAACAUCUAAGCCAUCAAUUGGUAAAACCUCAAGUAAGAACCGUGGCAGUAGAGAGCGGAGCUAUCAAAGGAAACUGAAACAUGAAUCCUCGGGUCGUCCCCCAGCAACUAAUUCAGGCACAAGCUUGCAGGGUGAUCAACACAAUAAAGAGAGACAGAGGUCUGGACUUGCUGUUUCUUCAUGUGGAAAGACACAACCUCGUGUGGAUGAUGUAGAUGGAACCUCUGUGUUACCCACCUGUGACUGGCCAGUUGGCUAUACUGAUGCUCAAACAUUAUAUGAGCUCGAGAGAGAGAAUUCUGCACUGCGAGAACAGCUGAUGAACAAGGAAGACUUAAACGAGACUCUGCACACAGAACUCGACUUGCAUCGCUCCAUUUUGACGCAGAAGCAACAGAAUGCAGAUGACCAUGCUGCCUUUUCCCCUCGUCAUUCAACAGCAGACAAGCAAGCUGUAAUUUCCACCGAGCGAAAACAUGAUCCUGGACUGCACAAUGCAGAAGACUUAGCAGGCCACCUACAUGAAAUACGGAGCUUGAGGCAGCGUUUGGAAGAAUCUAUCAGAAAUAAUGACAGGUUAAGACAACAACUGGAAUGCCGACUAGCUGCAGCUGAAAAUGAUUCAGCAUCCACAAAUAUUUUCAUCCAUGGUACUGAGGAGCACAGUCACAUGACAGAUGAGAUUCACUACCUGAAGGAACAAAACAAAACUUUAAAGGUGCAGCUGGCAAGAAGCUCCAGAGAUAAACAGAGAGAGAAUGAAAAACUAAAGGAAUCGUUGUCAAAGAAGAUGGCCAGCAUUGAGCGCCUGCGUGGCGAGUGUGAGCGUAUAAUGAGAGAAUGCACUCAACUGCAGGUCAAAGAGAGUAAUGGUCAUGAAGAAAGCAAACAGUUAAAAGAUGAAUUGCACCGCAGUCAUGAAGAAAUAUGUAGGCUGCAACAGGAGCUUAAUUUGCAGCAUCAACUCUUCACUGAGAACCAGGAGCUGCUGCAGUUGUUACGGGUGGAACUUCGAGUGUAUGAGCAGUUGAAGGAAAACAAAACGGAAACUGCACAACACACGAGCCCUGGGUCGGUGAAAUAUGUCCAGGGAUCUCUUGAUCUGAGUGAACUAAUGGCAGAGAUCCGCUGCCUUCGAAUUCAGUUGGAGAGAAGCAUUCAGACCAACACUGCUCUACGCCUGAAGCUUGAAGAACAGCUUCAACUGAGAACUGAAGGCAGCCCUUCCACUAUUAAUAUAAACUACCUCAUGGCAAGCGGACAGAGGAGUGCUGCAGGAAGACGUUUGUAUUGUGAUUCUGAAGCCGAUUCUUCAGCAGAGGACGGUAAAGAAAACUUCCAGUUCCAUGGAUUUCCAACUCCACCCAAGUCUGGCAACGUUCCUACAGCUGCUGAUGGAUCCAUGUUCAGAAUCCCAGGAAUCAAAACACUGCCCAAGGAUGACUUUGACAGCUCCUCGCAUUACAGUGAGAGUUCAGUGGAAAACCUGUCUCACAGACCGUCCAGGUUAUUACCAGCACGUCGGAUAUGGGCAGACAAAGACGGACAAUGUGUACUUGGUCUCCUGGACGAUUAUAACGUACUCCGCAGGCAAAUCUCCGAGGGCCGCAAGCUGCUCCAUGAAAUGGACACCCGUCUUGGAGAUGCUGCUUGUCAGUCUGCUGCAGUGGAGCCGGGUGAAGCUUUGCUAAAGGACUUGUUUUCAAAUGUAAGCAGCAUGCAGCAAGUGCUGAAGGAAGCAAGCCGCUUGCUCAAACUCUUCUGGAGGGUGUCUUUGCCCAUUCCUGCUGGCAGCUCCAGUCAGCAUCAGCAGGAAAAUAUUGUGAAGGAUGAGAUCUCUCGGCUACGCAAGAAAUUGACGGAGCAGGAGAGGCUGCUGCAUGGCACAGUUAAACGUCUCCGUACGACAAACCAGCUGAAGGAGGGCAUGGAGAAAAUCAUCAUUGACCAGUUGUCACAAACUCAUGACGUAUUGAAGAAAGCGAGAGGAAAUCUGGAGAUGAAUCAUUACCUGGUUUUUGAUCUUAAAGGCUUUCCAAAGCAAAGUGAAGACCCAGCCCUCCGAGGUUCUGCCUGUAAGUGGGAACUAAUGAACCUUGGUAGAGCUAUCAACAGUACGGGCUCUUGUGAAGAUGCUUGCUCUGCUUCGGAUGAAAAGUACGACUCUUUGACCUCAUCAUUCUGCAGUUAUUAAAAACUCUUGAAUCAACCCGUUUACAGGUUGAAUUGCUGUAUUGUUAAAAAAAAAAUGCCUGAAAACAUUCGCUUUUUUGCACAUAAGGGCGGAACUUUCCGCUGAUCCUAAAUGUUAAAUGUAAUGUAGGUGGUACAGAGAUUUAGAACAGAAAAUAUUGUCGACUGAGAUGCUAAAGAGACAUUUUUUGAGGUGAGACUGGAAAUGUUCUAAAAAUGUUGUACAAGUACUUAAAAUUAUGUAGACAAAGAAAUGUUGAAUCAUUUCAGAAUGCAAUUAGAACUUUUGUACAUUUGAUUCAGUUCAACAAUAAUUGUUGUGUAAAGAAUCUAUUUUGUAAAUAAUCUGGAGUUUGUGUUCAAUACAAACUGUGUGACUAUUGUGAUGUGCUGUUAUAUGUCUCUUUCCUAAGUUACUGCCUUGGCUGGAAAUUUAAAUCCUCCUGAUAUUAAUGUUUUGUUUUUAUUGUAAAGAACGUGUGGAAAUUCCACAUUGUGAAAGGUAGCUACCAUGCUGUACAUUACUGGAAUGUAUGGGUCUGUUCUAUUUUUCAAAAUACAUUUUAUAUCGUUA